AUCUCUGUAGUUUUUGUGACUUUUGUAUGUAUAUUUUCCUAUUUAAUGUUGGUUUUUAUGCAAAUUAAAUAAUAUUUUUUUUGAAAAACCUGAUUUUAAUUAUAUUCAUUUAUUAUACAUAUACAAAUGAUAUGUAUAUCAUUUAAGUUACUUCAUCCGAAAACCGAGAUUUGACUGGGUUUAAUUUAUUUAUGUUUUCUCGCUAUCGAAGUUAUGAUAGUGAUAAAGGUGAAGUUUUUUAUCAACUGUUUAUGGUUUUUUCAACGUGAUUUAUCAUUGGUUCAGUCUUUUUUUGUUUUAAUUUCUGCCCUGUCUUCGGGAAAUUGAUUUCUUUUACUGGCUAAAAAUAUAGCGAUAACAUUUAUCUUUAAUUUGCGGCAUUCCCACUGAAAUUCAUCAUUUGCCCCAAGAACACAGUGCGUUUCAAAGCUGUAAGAGAAAGAUUUAGACUCCAUACUGCCCAAAACUGGUUGUUCUGAUAGAUGCAAUCAAUCUAGUUUAUUCUAUUCCCAAAAUAGAUCAAGUUCUAUUAGUAAAAUUUCGAACACUUAAUUCUGUAGCUUAAUAGAUUUCCUUCUUGUUCCAAACCUGAACACAGAUCGAACUAUGUAUAACAUAAGAUAAACUCCCAUAUAUGUAUGUAGAGAGCUCCAACCUGUUGUCCCACACUUAUGAAACGCACUGUGGACACGCUCCAGUUCCAGCUCUAGCUCCCAACCCAACUUCAAAGCCCCACUCGAGGGUACUCUUAGGUUAAUGGAUAUUUCAGUUGCCUUUGGCCAAUGGCGAAGCAGAUGAAAUGAAGUGAAAUGAUAUUAUAUGAAUGUAUGAAACAAUCAAAUUGGCAAUGGCUUUGGAAAGAAUGAAUAGUACUUUUGCUCAAUACAAAGUUAACGACGGCUCUAAUAGGUUUAAUUAUAUUGGUGUUGUGCGUCUCCCCCUCGAAUCGAAUCGAUUAUUUUUGUAGCUUCGAACUUAUUUGAAUUGAAUUUGAAUAUUGUACGUAUAAUUGUUGCCUCGACCCGACCCGAUCCGACCCCGACUCGGUGCGGCCGUUGAUGAUUAAGCUUUAAAUGUGCUGCUUAGGAAUGUAAGUGUGGAAAUGAUAUGGAAUAAAGUGCAUGGAAAUAAAAGCCAAACAGCAGUGUUCUUGUUUCUAUCCAACCAUCAUUCGUAGUCCCCAUUCAAUCACUUGCCGAAUCCCAUCCAAUCCAACCCCUGUACAGAAGAGACAAUUUGUCACCAGGCAUCGAUCAAACAAGAGGACAUCCAGAGCGUGCGGCCGCCUGGCAACGGGCGCCAUUGAAAUGCCUGAUGGCUGGCCAUAACCGCAGCGGCAGCGGGAGGUGCCGGAGGAGCAGCCGCUAAUGUCUGGAGUGCACAUCCCCAUAUCCAUAUCCAAGUUCAUUAGACUUUAAUGGGUGCUUGGCCUGUGAUGGGGCCCUGAGCGGGGACUGCGGCUCCUCUGUGCUGUGCUUUGUCGCUUUUGCACGCCACGAAAUGGAAAGUUUUGGCGCCUGCGAAUCAUAAAUCCUGUGUGGCGUCUAAAAAUAUCCCAACACUCGAAGGGAAUCGAUGCGAAAGCCGCCACCGCCGCCGCCGACAGAGAUGAGCGAGCACGAGGCGGAGUCGGACGAGGAUUGCGAGGUCUAUUUCCUGAAGCCCGUCAACGAAUACAACAUUGUGGACAAGAUCAAGGAGGCCAACAAGGAGCUCUUUGCACCCGACGAGGCCGCCAAUGGCAACGGAAAGGUGACCAAAGUGACCUUCGCCCUGAACUUGGAGGAUUACGAGCCUACGGGGGAGCAGCCGAAGGAACAGAGUCCCAGUCCACCUGACGAGCUUCUAGAGCAGUUGACGCAGCUGAAGCUGAAGCCCAUUGCAGAGGAGGAGGCAUCGUCGUCGCCGCCGCUUCCAGCUCCAGAGGUGGCCAUGAAUCCAGUUGAAGCUAAGAUAAUUGCAGAGCCUUCAGCGGAAGAGUCCGAAGUGGAGGUGGAGGAGGAAAUAUGCGAGGAAAUCCUAGACCUCACGGAAGUCCCACAUAAGCCAGCCCCCGAGGAAGCCAUCGUUGUGGAGGAGGAAGACGACUUCUCCGGCGUGGAUGAGGCGGAUCUGGAUGAUGACACGCCCCUCAAGAACGAUUCCUCCACGGUUUCUGCACUUCAACGUCGCCAGAAUACAUUCGAGCACGACUACGAUGAUGAGGAGUCGGAUCAGAAGAGUCUGACCAACCUGCUGACCGAAUCUGACUGCGAGGAGGAGGAACGCACUUUGAAUGAGGCGCGCCUUAAGCUGCGUCAAGCCUACAAGAAUCUCUACAAGACCCUGGAUCCCAAGGGCCAGGCACAGAUCGAUAGGCUGACCGGAGUGGAGGAUGAACAUGAAUUUCCUCCACCAGUGCCGCCAGCAGAAGACCAUGACAAUGACGCAGAGGAAGACGACGACUUGUCCAUCAUUGUAGCCAGCUACAUCCCGGACGACUUUGAGCUGAACGAGCAAAGCAUUUACUACAAAAGGGAGGACUCAAUCCCACCUAACGAAGCUAACGAGGCCACCGCCGCCUGCCCCAAGUCCAGCUCCAAGACUUUCUUCAAUUCACGCCGCUUUAGCUUCCGUCGGAGGGCCAAGCCCACCCCAACACCUUCUUCGGCCUCCGCUUCGACAGCAUCGCCCUCGAUCCGGAUGAACUACAAGACCUGCUGCGAGCAUCGACACUCGCUGCAGGAGAAACUGCCUCGCUACACCGGCUACAUGUCCGAGUACGGGCUGAGCGCACAGCAGCUGCAGCGAAGGGAGCAGAAGCUCUGCCGAAAGCAGCGAUACGUGAUGGAGCAGACGCUCAGGAGCAACGAGCACGACCUGAAGAAGAUGCAGGACAACGAGCGCGCCUUCACCACGUGGCUGAAGAAUAAGAUGCGCUAUCCCAUCAACAAGACCCGCAACAUGUUCGAUGCUCAUCGUCGUAGAGGUAGUGUGGCCGCCGCAGUCACUAGUCCUCACUCCCAUUCCCGGCAGGAGCAUCCGCAUCCGCAUCAGCAUCAGCGGCAGCAGCACUCUGGUCUCCGAAGGGAGGACAGCGAUGACAUGCUCCAUGUCUAUCGCAAGCUCUUGGGCAGCUGGAACAAGUAAAGCCAGCGACAGAUGG